GUGAGGAAGAGAUCGAGAGAGGCAGGCGUAGUUUCUGGCUCUCCUCCUCCUUCUCCAGCGAAGUCCUGGGCGGCCAAGCGGAAAACAAACUCCUGAUCAUAAAAGGAGGAGGAGGAAAGUCCCCACUCAGGGUGGUGUUUUGCUUGGAAUAGUCCUUAGGGUUUUUCUUCAAUCGGGGUAAAUACUGCCCCGUUUCCACCGCCAGCAUUUCAUUAUUAUUAUUUUUGGGCAAGCUUCCUAUCUAUUAAGCUGCAUCCCUGGUGCUAAAGUUUCAGAGAGCCAUGGGGAAUGGGAUGAACAAGAUACUUCCUGGCUUGUUCCUUGGAAAUUUUAAAGAUGCCCGUGACACGGAACAACUGAAACGAAAUAACAUCACUCACAUUCUUUCCAUCCACGAUACUGCUCGGGCCAUGCUUGAGGGAGUGAAAUAUUUGUGCAUACCUGCUGCAGAUUCACCCUCGCAAAAUUUGACCAGACAUUUCAAAGAAAGCAUCGCAUUUAUACAUGAGUGCCGUCUUAAGGGUGAGGGCUGUCUUGUUCACUGCCUAGCUGGAGUUUCCAGGAGUGCAACCUUGGUUGUGGCCUAUAUAAUGACGAUCACUGAGUUGGGCUGGGAGGAUGCACUUUCUGUGGUGCGAGCAUCAAGGUCGUGUGCCAAUCCAAAUGCGGGUUUCCAGCGCCAGCUAGAAGAGUUUGAGAAAAAUGAUGUUGCUGAUUUCAGAAAGUGGCUCACAGCAGAGUAUGGAGAAAGCUCUUUGCAGGAUAAAGAAGAAGCCCAAAGUCUUCUGGAGAAGUACAAAGCACACGCAGCAUCAGCAGCUGCUCAGUCGAAUGCUUUGGGGAGGCAGUGGAAUGGUAACUUUGCUCCAGUGACUUCUUUGUCCAUGACUACUCCCGACUAGGAGCAGUCAGUGCAGUCUUCCAUCAACAAAAGCCAGAAAAUAUAAUAUUCCUGUGGAUGUGUUUGAUGUCUUGGUAAACCUUGGUUUAUCUUGAUGGAUAGAACCUAGGUGAACUUGCACACUUUUUCUCUCUAGUUCUUGUUGUGAGACUGGAAGUUUUGAGUUAACCACAGAUUAUUGUUGCAUUCAAACCCUAAAGUGUGAUUAUUCUUAACUGUAGCUUGUUUGACAUAGGACCAACUUCAUAAUCCAUGUUGUAGAAUCAUAGAAUCAUAGAGUUGGAAGAGACCUCAUGAGCCAUCCAGUCCAGCCCCCUCCCAAGAAGCAGGAAAAUCGCAUUCAAAGCACCCCCAACAGAUGGCCAUGCAGCUUCUGCUUAAAAGCCUCCAAAGAAGGAGCCGCCGUCACCACAGUCCGGGGCAGAGAGUUCCACUGCUGAACAGUUCUCACAGUUGGGAAGUUCUUCCUAAUAUUCAGGUGCAAUCUCCUUUCCUGUAGUUUGAAGCCAUUGUUCCGUGUCCUAAUCUCCAGGUCAGCAGAAAACAAGUUUGCUCCCUCCUCCCUAUGAUUUCCCUUCACAUAUUUAUAUAUGGCCAUCAUGUCUCCUCUCAGCCUUUUCUUCUUCAGGUUAAACAUGCCCAGCUCUUUAAGCCGCUCCUCAUAGGGCUUGUUCUCCAGACCCUUGAUCAUUUUAGUCACUCUCCUCUGAACACGUUCCAGCUUGUCAACAUCUCCCUUCAAUUGUGGUGUCCAGAAUUGGGCACAGUGUGAUUCCAGGUGUGGUCUGACCAAGACAGAAUAGAGGAGUAGCACGACUUCCCUGGAUCUAGACACUAGACUCCUAUUGAUGCAGGCCAAAAUCCCAUUGGCUUUUUUAGCUGCAGCAUCACAUUGUUGGCUCAUGUUUGUUGUCCACAAGGACUCCAAGAUCUUUUUCACACGUGCUGCUGUCAAGCCAGGCAUUGUCCCCUAUUUUGUAUCUUUGCAUUUCAUUUUUUUCUCCCUAAGUGGAGUAUCUUGCAUUGGUCCCUGUUGAACCUCACUUUGUUAGUUUUGGCCCAUCUCUCUUAAUAUGUUAAGAUGGUUGUGAAUUCUCCUCCUUUCCUAUGAUUUACUCAUUUCAAACAAAACCACAGUUAACAUUAACCACAGCCAAUUUAAAAGAUACAAGAAACUGUAGUUAAUCACAGAAGAACAAGUUUCCUAACACCAGGCUACAAAGUUCACUGCCAUAAAUAAGCCAUAGUUUAUUGUACAAUCUACAUACAACCAGCAGGGCAUGUUAUUUUGAUGGUCCUCCUGCACGUAAGCAAAAAAGUCUUGUCUUCUCUAUAUUAGCUCCAGGAUGAGAUGUCUUGAUUCUCUUAAGUAAGCAUAUCUCUGAGUAUAUGGGGAGCAGGGUUCCAGAGGUUGUCAUUUGGUAUCACAUUAGGGACUAGCACUGGCUAUGCUAUGUAGAUGCCAAGACCCCUCUUUCUCUUCCAGUGGCCAUGAAAACAGCAAGGCGUGUUCUGACUGCUGAGAUUUCACAUUAAUUUCUACACAUGUCUGUUCUUCAGAUUCUUCACAUAGCCAGAAUUUGGCAUUGUUGCACUUUUCACAGUUUAAGAUUACUAUUAAUAUUUUUUGUGUCCUAAAGUAAAGAACCGUGAACUUCAGAAUGAACCUUAUCCUCAGCUGGUUUAACUCUGGCUAAAGAGGCAAGGUUUUGAGUGAUGUAGACAUCAACUUGUCUGAUGUAUUGCCGAAGGCUUUCAUGGCCAUAAUCACUGGGUUGUUGUAGGUUUUUUGAGCUGCAUGGCCGUGUUCUAGAAGCAUUCUCUCCUGACAUUUCACCUGCAUCUAUGGCAGGCUUCCUCAGGGGUUGUGAGGUCUGUUGGAAACCAGGAAAACUGGGGUUAUAUAUCUAUGGAAAGUCUAGGGUGGGUGAAAAAACUCUUGUCUGUUGGAGCUAGGUGUCAAUGUUUCAAUUGGCCACCUUGAUUAACAUUUGAUGGCCUGACAGUUUUUAGGUGUGGCUUGUUACUGCCUGAGGGAAUUCUUUGUUCAGAGGUAAUUACCUGUUCCUGAUUGUUUCUUCUCUGGAAUUACUCUGUGUUUGAGUUUUGUUCUUUAUUUAAUGUUAUAAUUUUAGAGUUUUUUUAAUACUGGUAGCCAGAUUUUGUUCAUUUUCAUGGUUUCUUCCUUUCUGUUGAAAUUGUCCACAUGCUUGUGGAAUUCAAUGGCUUCUCAGUGUAGCCAGGCAUAGUAGUUGUUAGAGUGGUCCAGCAUUUCUGUUUUCUCAAAUAAUAUGCUGUGUCCAGGUUGGUUCAUCAGGUGCUUUGCUAUGGCGGACUUUCUUAGUGGAUCUGUAGAUGGUUUGUAUGUUGUGAUUCUUCAUCAGCUUCUAGUCAAGGUGGCCAAUUGAAACAUUCACACCUAGUUCCAACAAACAACAAUUUUUUUCUCCCACCCUGGACUUUCCAUAGAUAUAUAAACCCAAAUUUCCUAGUUUCUAACAGACCUCACAACCUCUGAGGAUGCCUGCCAUAGAUGCAGGUGAAACGUCAGGAGAUAAUGUUUCUAUAACAUGGCCAUACAACCUGAAAAACAUACAACAAUCCAGCACUUGUCUCUUUAGAAACAGAGAAUAGUAAUUACCAAAUCAGGAAGUAGAGAACUAGUUGUCUGUAUGGUUUUCUCUCCUUUGUGUUUCCUUUGCACUUUGUUUUAAAAUUCCCUUUGACUGUAUGGCUACUGAAAUUGUCUAUUUUAUUCAAGAGUACAGUAUAAGUAUAGCCAGCAUUUAUUGUGCUAGCUCGCAUCUCAGAGGAUUUGUUCACCUAGAGUAUGUUCAUAGGUGAAGAAUGGACAGAACUGAAUGUAUAUUGCUGAUGUAUAUAUAUAAAGACUAAAAACAGAUUUAUAAUGACAGAUUAGUUAUAAUAAUGUUAUAUUCCUGCUGAAGGAAAGAUUGCUUAUAUGUAAGUCAUCUUCAUCAAGUUUCACCAAUGAUUGCCUUCCCUGAUGGAGUCUAUUCAAUAAAAGAUUCAGGUCUUUUUUAUGAAUAAAACAUUCCAAUGUUAUGACA